CCUCCUCAGCUCACCUUAAAGCCUUUCUUUUCUCUUCUUUUCAUCCAUUUGUCCCCACUCGUGCAUGCUAUAUUCCUGUGCCAUGAGCCUGUUCUCCCUUUUCAACUAUUCGAGUCCUGGAAAGUCCAUUCCCUACCUGCCCGACACUGUGCUAUUAAGACUCGUUCAGUAUGCAGCUGGUGUGCACAUGCAUCUGCCCGCAUGCCACCAGAACACGCAGACAGACCAAGCACCACGCUCACUGCUGCCGUAUAUGGCGGUCUGUCGGACCUGGCGGAGUGUGAUCGGCGUGCUCUACUACCGAGAGGCAGUCCUGAACCUUGGCCCAAAGAAUGCGCUAGAUAUGCUUGACCGACCAGCUCUACACAAGGCAGCAUGGAUUGUGCAGAUUGGGCAUGUGUCGGACAUACGGCGCUUGCACGUCAUUGUUCCGGUGGGCGCACUCGGCACCAGUGCAUUAAAUUCAAUCGUGACAAAGGAGCUGACACCGUUUUGGUCGGCCAAUGUGCUGGAGAUAAUCCUGCAUCUACAUUCUGAGACGCCAGACCUUGAAAUCAAACUCGGCAGUAGAGCUGACCGAAUUGCCUGGUUUAUUGAUACCCUGAACUAUGCAAUGCCCCGAGCAACCUCACUAUCGGUCAUGAAUAACAGUACCAUGCGCGCUGGCGACCUGACUGGGCUGCUGGAGAUCAUCAACAAAACUGUCCCUAGCAAACGGUCACUGGGGUUUGAGCUGGACCUGCAGGGCCAGCAUCCUUUCCUCACCAUGUCUGGCCCACCAGUGCUGACUAAUAUCUCGAUCGCAGCGCGCAACUGGACUGACGCGCACAUUGGGUUUGUUCGCUACCACUGCGACACCUUGCGGACGCUGACCGUGCAUAACAUUACAACAUGGUCGUUUGAACAGCUGCUGGUCGACGGCGAGCGAUCCAAUAUAGUCUAUCCUAACCUAAUGGUUCUGGAUGCAGAACUACGCCUCUCAAUGCAGGCACCGUCGCUGAACCUUCAGCGCACACCCUUUCCUGCAUUACGUUGUCUCCGGAACAAGGGGUUCUACCCGUUCAACAGCGACAUCGCCCUGUACACUGGCCAGCCGUCAACACUCGAGUAUGUACGGCUGCCGCUGGAUACAGUUUUGUUCAAUACCCUGUCCGCAAGCAAUGCGUUCAAAUCCCGCAAGUACCCGGUGCUGCGCACCGCUGAGGUUUUCUUCAACAACAGCCCGUUUGUAGUUGCUGAGGCUGUGCAGGGGUGGUCGAUGUUUGCCACUAUUUUCGAGAUUGCCGAGGCCGCAAAGGUGUUCCGGUGCAAUAUCCGCGUCAACCGCUCGGCACCCGUGCUUAUCAACAUGCGGCCGAGCUUUUCACUUGAGCACCUUUACAUGCCAUGGUUCGGUAUCGAUCUGGCUGGGUUUCCGCUGCUCUGCCUAAAGUUCCCGAAACUUCGCUCUGUUGCCUGCACAUUAAUUGACGCCAUUGACGGUAUCUCGGAAGAUAUGCCCAAAGACGAAAGCAUCCAAGCCGCGUUGUCUACGAAGCGCAUCCGCUCAAAGCUUGCCAUCCUGGAGAUCUUUGGUGAAACCUGGGUACGCAACUACAGGCGCUUUGCACAAUACGUGGUGCUGCUGGUGGCGCUGUUGCCGUCGGUGAAGGAGCUUGUAUACUGGCCGUAUGCAUCUGAGGAAGCCCCUGAAGCCAAGAGGCAGCUCACGGCCGCAUUGAACCGCACGGCAUACCGCGACAUGUAUCAUGUCAAGAACCUCAAAGUGGAUAUCAAAACGCACUAUACAUAUCUGGAAGACGUAUACCGCAAACAAUUCCCCCUUCAAUAGUUGAUGUAGCUGGUGCUUAAUAGAAGCAGAUUCGCAUAUGGCGAUACACGAUGCCAAUACGCACUACGUGAGCAUUUCGGCUGCAUGGGCUUUC